CUCAUGACUAGUUUGUGCUUGUAACAAUUCCUUGGAAUAGAGAGUCAAAACACCCUAAAGAUACAUCAUAGUUUUUCUUAGGUCAACUUAUAAACUAGUGUGAUGCAGAACAUUCCAAGAAAACAGACUUCCAAGGGUGAGCUACAGGUUGGAGACAAGGUUGAGCUUCAGGAGAUGCAAGGCCCGCUACUCGUGGAAAAUGGGAAUCUUCAAACGUAUGGUAGUACCAACGUGGCUUUCGAGUCUGAUACUAGUCCUCAAACAGCUGAACCAAUCACCAUGGAUAUGGUUUCCAUGGUGGAAAAAGAUGGUUUCAAGCCAGAGGAACCAGAACAAAGGGAAUCCUGGGAUAGCAAAAUUCAAUUUAUCUUGGCUACUAUCGGCUACGCUGUUGGUCUUGGUAAUGUGUGGCGAUUUCCCUAUCUGGCCCAGAAAAAUGGCGGAGGAGCAUUUUUGAUCCCGUACUUUAUUAUGUUAGCCGUGGAAGGUGUUCCACUGUUCUUCUUGGAACUAGCCGUUGGUCAAAGGCUGCGGAAGGGGGCCAUUGGCGCAUGGAACUUAGUGUCUCCAUACAUGGGCGGGAUUGGGAUAACCAGCGCUGUGGUGUCAUUUAAUGUAGCCCUAUACUACAACACCAUUAUAUCCUGGUGUCUCUUCUACUUGGGCCGCAGCUUCCAGUUUCCUCUACCCUGGGCAGAGUGUCCCAGAUACAUCUUCCCUAAUGGCUCUUCCACAUUGGUUCCUGAAUGCGAGAAAAGUAGUCCUACGCAGUAUUUUUGGUAUCGAGAAACACUGGACAUCACGGAGAGUCUGGAGACACCAGGAAAAUUCAGUUGGAGAAUCGGUGUGUGUCUUCUAGUGGCAUGGAUUCUGUGUUAUCUCUGUAUGAUCAAAGGAAUAGCUUCUUCAGGAAAGGUUGUCUACGUAACAGCUACCUUUCCUUACAUCGUACUCGUUAUUUUCUUUUUUCGUGGGAUCACUUUGGAUGGCAUGAAAGACGGGAUUGUCCAUCUCUUCACUCCAGAUUGGGGGAAGCUUGCCGAUCCUAUCGUCUGGUUGGAGGCUGGGACUCAAAUUUUCUUCUCCUUAGGCUUAGCUUUUGGAGGACUCAUUGCUUUCUCUUCUUAUAAUCCUGUCCAUAAUAACUGUUACCGAGACGCUGUUUUGGUUUCAACAUGCAAUGCAGGAACAUCGAUGUUUGCAGGAAUAGUUGUGUUUUCUAUUUUAGGUUUCAAGGCCCACAUGGCCCACGAGCGCUGUGUUCAGGAGCGUUACGAACUUCUCAGUCCGUUUUACAAUUCCUCCGUGAUUCCCUCACACCUGACACAAGACGUAAUAGAAAAACUACUGAACAACUCCGAUGUAAUCAUUCCAUACGACUUCCCUGAAUGUGACCUGAAAAAGGAAUUGGAAAAGAGCGCCUCUGGAACAGGAUUAGCAUUCAUUGCGUUUACAGAAGCUGUUAACCAAUUUCCCGCGGCACCUUUUUGGUCGAUUCUUUUCUUCUUGAUGCUCUUCACCCUCGGUAUCGACUCUCAGUUCGGAACGCUAGAAGGCGUUAUUACCUCUAUUGUUGAUCUGAAGUUGUUUCCGAAUCUACGUAAAGAGAUCUUGACAGGACUGAUCUGCUUAAUUUCCUUUGGAAUGUCUCUCAUUUUCUCACAUGGCGGAGGUAACUACGUCUUCACUCUCUACGAUGAUUUCAGCGGUAACUUCCCUUUGCUAAUUGUGGCCUUCUUUGAAUGCAUUGCUAUAUCUUACGUUUAUGGUGUUAAAAGGUUCAGUGAUGACUUGGAGCUGAUGACGGGCAAGCGACCGAGUUACUACUGGCUUUUCUGUUUGAAAUAUGUUGCCCCGGUUACCAUGCUGACAAUCUUGAUAACCAGCUUUAUUAAAAUUGCUAAAGAAGGUAGCGGAUACGAAGCUUGGGACAGUGAAUCGGCUUCUCCGUUGCACAUGGAAUGGCCAUACUGGGCACAUAUUUUGAUCGCCAUUUUAAUUUUGAUGGCAGCCAUUUGGAUUCCCCUGGUGGCCUUUCUGAGAGUUCUUGGCAUUCGAAUUCUUCAAGAUGAAGAACCAGCAUGGUUUCCUGCAGAAGAACUACGUGAAUUUUAUGGGAUCGCUCCUCAUAAAGUGACCACGGUGGAGAAGUGGCUUUUUUGCGUGCGUGAGGAAGACGAUAUGUCUGAGGAUAUUUGAAACGACAUGUUUAUGGUGGCGAAGAAGGAAAUAUUUAAAAAUAUUUAUGAGUUCUCCUUCACCUUUUUUGUAGAUCGCGUUCUGUGUUGAAAAAACAAAAAGAUUAUUGGUUAUCAAACUUAUCAUUGGCAAUGUCAAAUUUGCCCAACAUAUACUCUCAACCACAGGAAGCAACGAAACUCUGGAAUUAUCCAUAUGUAAUAUAAUUUUAGUUUAAAUCCAAGUACUAAAAGCCUUCCAGUACCCUUAGUUGACGGGCAUACUACGGAGAUUUUUGGGCUAGGAAAAAGAGACUGAAUUGUGAUGCCUGGUUAAAAAAAAGUUCCCAGUAAGUCUAGACAACAAGGCCUAACCUUAAUAUCCAGCUGUCAUGCAAGUGUUUUGUCGCGGAAGUAAACAAAAGCCUGUUGAGUUAGAUGCGGUGUCUCUUUUAAGUAAAGAACUACCACAAACGUGCCAUCUCACCCAAAAAUAUAGCCAAAUAUUAUUACAACAAAUUUAGUCAAGAACUAGUAACUUACCGAAACUCUAGUAAAAUUACGACAAAUUUAGUAGAAAUCCUGGAAAAGUUGCCGCAAAUGCUGACGAGAGCUAACUACUUACAGUAAAUGUAGCUGAAAGUCUACCAAAUUACAGCUACUACAGUAUGAAAGUAUACAUUGCAUUCAGUUAAUUCUGGCUCAAGUUGGCAACACAAAAACAGUUUCAAAAAUUCUCGCUUAAUUAUACUACUUUGUAGGAAAUGAAAAAAAUGUAUAAGUCAUCAGUUCGUAUCAAAGUUUGUCAUUAUGAACUAAUAUAAAAUGUCUGUUACUUCCGGGCUCAUUAGCAUGAUUAAAGUAAAAAUCGAAUUUAUUUUAUGUUAAAAAAAAGAAAGUCUUAAUUUUUUAUUGGAUAUCAGCAGAGUAUAAAUGGAUGUGAAUAACUCCACCCACGUUCUUACCAUAUUUCCAUUUUAUAGCUCCUUUCUUGGUAGGGGAUAAAUUAGGAAUCACAAAACUUUGGCGAAACUUAGAAUAUAUUUUUAUCACAAUAAUUUUUAAGAGAAUGGGGUAUUCUAGAAUUUAUAUCAAAAACUCAUUUUAAUUAAUCGUUACAGACGUGUUUAAUAAGCCUGAAAAAAUACAGAAAGUAUCUACAUUUCUUCCUCU